GCCUCAGCAAAAUAAAGUACGGUGAACAAAAUAUUAUAUUAAGUUAGAUUUCAGCUCAUUGUCUUCAAAUUCACUGUUAAUGACUUAACGAAUCCUGUAGGUGCGUGUAUCACGAAGACUUAAAUACAGUAAUGACAUAUCACUAAUAUAUAUAUAACAAGUUGAAGAAAAGUAGCUAGCGUUAACAGUUUUGCACACUUGGUGUAGUUGGCGUUUUCUGUUGUCGGAUUUGCUUAAAUGAGGUGACAGUGUUGCUUGGCCGUUACCUGCACAGUGUAUUUUACAGUCAUCGGCUUACCUUUGAGGAACAGGGCCAAUUUGAGUAUGCUACAGAGGGUGGCUGUGUUCCUGCGGCGGCCCGCUGCCGCUCCUCUCGCGGCGGCGGUACGAUGCGUCUCCUCGGGCUCAGUGGAUGUCACCGUUCCGCUAAACUUCUGGGCUGGGAAGAGAAGGACUAGCCAAGAGAAAUGCAACAAAGAAAGUGUUUAUGAACCUGCAACAGGGCGGGUCUUGUGCCAUUUGGAGCCGUGUGGAGCUGUGGAUGUGGAUGAGGCUCUGAAGGCUGCCAAGCUGGCCUUUGGCCACUGGAGCAAAAUGUCUGGGAUGGAGAGGGCGAGGAUUAUGAUCGAAGCUGCCCAUAUCAUUGAGAGCAGGAGAGAGGAGAUAGCUGAAAUGGAGGUGGUCAACAAUGGGAAGUCCAUCACAGAGGCCCGUCUGGAUGUGGACUCUGCCAGACUGUGUAUAGAGUACUAUGCAGGACUGGCCAGCACUCUGGCAGGUCAGCAUGUGCAGUUGCCUGGAGGAUCCUUUGCCUACACGCGGAGGGAACCUUUGGGAGUCUGUGCUGGCAUUGGUGCUUGGAAUUAUCCUUUUCAGAUAGCUGCCUGGAAAUCAGCUCCAGCCCUGGCCUGUGGAAACUCCAUGGUGUUCAAGCCUUCACCGGUGACACCCGUGACAGCAGUCAUGCUGGCAGAGAUCUACACUAAGGCUGGAGCUCCAGAUGGGCUAUUCAACGUGGUGCAGGGCGGCCAGGAGACCGGCAGCUUACUCUGCCACCACCCUGAUGUAGCUAAAGUGUCCUUCACUGGGAGUGUUCCCACAGGCAAGAAGAUUAUGGAGAUGGCAUCCAAGGGGGUGAAACCUGUGACUCUGGAGCUUGGGGGGAAAUCUCCUCUGCUCAUCUUCCAGGAUAGCGAUCUGGAGAACGCUGUGAGGGGAGCUCUCAUGGCCAACUUCCUGUCCCAAGGCCAGGUCUGCAGCAAUGGUACAAGGGUCUUUGUUCAGAGAGACAUUCUGCCUGAGUUUGUGGAGGAGGUGGUGAAGAGAACCCAGGCGAUUGAAAUAGGAGACCCACUAUUGGAGAGCACCCGAAUGGGAGCCCUGGUCAGCCGGUCACAUCUAGAAAAAGUCUUAUCUUUUGUGGACCAGGCAAAGAAAGAAGGAGCCACAGUGUUGUGUGGAGGUGAACCCUUUGUCCCAUCAGACCCCAAACUCAAAGGUGGAUACUACAUGACUCCAUGUGUACUGGGUGACUGCACAGAUGAGAUGACCUGUGUGAAGGAGGAGAUCUUUGGUCCUGUCAUGUCCGUGUUGUCCUUUGAAACAGAAGAGGAAGUGCUGCAUAGAGCCAACGAUACCACCAUGGGUCUGGCUGCAGGAGUUUUCACCAGAGAUGUGAGGCGAGCCCAUCGUGUGGUUGAACACCUCAAGGCUGGUUCCUGUUUCAUCAACAACUACAACAUCACUCCCGUCGAGGUUCCCUUCGGAGGCUUCAAAAUGUCAGGUAUAGGGCGGGAGAACGGCCAGGUGACCAUCGAAUACUACUCCCAGCUAAAGACUGUGUUUGUGGAGAUGGGCGAUGUGGACAGUCUUUUCUAGGAAACACACACACACAGAGGAGGAUGAAGCUGUAACACUAUGCCAGAGACUGUAAGAGAUGGUCUGGACCAGGGCAUCUCUUCCAUCACUCAGGGGAAAAACCAUCAAACGUUAGUGCGCAACAGUGAUGAGGAACAAGCUUUGAUCAGUGGGGCUCAAACAGUCCAUCCUUAAUGUGAGCAGUGUUCUUCAGUAUUUUGUGAACUGAAGAACAAUGUAACACAAUUCAAUGUGAGACAAAUAGCUGGUAACUAAGCAGUAUGGUGGCAAUGUAACAUUAGAUCUGGAAACACAUUCAAAUUAAAAGCGAACAUUAUUCUCUGUGCCAAAUCCUAACAUUUUUGUUUUUACUGAACAUUGAUUGUUUUCUGCUACUUCAGCAUAGAUGAGUUGCAUUUUGUGAUUCGUGAGUUGCAAUUCAGCAGUUUUGCCUAAUAAAUAUUGUUUCACUUAUGUAGAGAAUAAAAAUCUGAAAUGUUUUAAAUUUUUGUACAAGGAAACCAAGUUUACAGUCAAGUUUUAUUUCUUGAGCAAAACACAUUUCAAUAUAUUUUUAUACACAUACAAUACUAAAAUAUGAAGCACUUUUGAACAUUGUAUUGGUUUAAAUCAUGUAGACGGUACACUUUAUGGACACUUUCUGUACAGUAUUGUUUAAAUUAGAACUGUGACAGCAACAUUUUGUCUUUGUGGGUAGAGUGAAGUAUCGAAUGAAAGAAACUCAAAAGAAUCUCAUUUGUUAAUUGUGACAUAAACAGUCUUUGUGAAUAUCACUACAAUA